CCCGAAUGGUACGCUCCCCUCUUUUCCCUUUACUCUCCGCCCUGCGCCGCGCAGGCGCAGUAGGCACUUGCCCUGAGGGGGGCGACUGUGUUUACAACUGACGGGGAGCCCGACGCGUGGAGAAGAGCAGCUUCUCCAGCUAUCCAGACUUAAUUUCAGAAUCUGUGUGAAACAUGGGAGGUGCCGUGAGCGCCGGAGAGGACAAUGAUGAGUUAAUUGACAAUCUGAAAGAGGCUCAAUACAUCCGGACAGAGCUGGUAGAGCAGGCCUUCCGGGCUGUGGAUCGAGCAGACUAUUACCUCGAAGAGUUCAAGGACAACGCUUACAAAGACUUGGCUUGGAAGCAUGGGAACAUUCACCUCUCUGCUCCCUGCAUCUACUCGGAAGUCAUGGAAGCUCUGGAUUUGCAGCCGGGGCUUUCUUUCUUGAACCUGGGAAGUGGCACUGGCUACCUGAGUUCCAUGGUUGGGCUUAUCUUGGGACCUUUCGGCAUUAAUCAUGGUGUGGAGCUUCACUCGGAUGUUAUAGAAUACGCAAAGCAGAAACUGGACUUCUUCAUCAGAACAAGUGACAGCUUUGACAAGUUUGAAUUCUGUGAGCCUUCCUUCGUCACGGGAAACUGCUUAGAGAUCUCCCCAGACUGCUCUCAAUAUGACCGUGUGUAUUGCGGGGCUGGGGUCCAGAAGGAGCAUGAAGAUUACAUGAAGAAUUUGUUGAAAGUUGGUGGGAUUCUUGUCAUGCCUUUGGAGGAGAAGUUGACUAAGAUAACUCGAACUGGCCCAUCAGCCUGGGAGACGAAGAAGAUCUUGGCUGUUUCAUUUGCUCCUCUAAUUCAGCCCAACCAUGCGGAUUCAGGAAAGACAAAACUUGUUCACUUGCCCCCGGUGAUGGUUCGCAGCUUGCAAGACCUGGCCCGCAUUGCCAUCCGCAGCACCAUCAAAAAGCUGCUGCACCAGGAAAUGGCAGGCCGAAAUGGGAACGGCCUACGGAAUCCUCCCCGGUUUAAGAGGCGUCGCGUCCGGCGCCGGCGCAUGGAAACAAUCGUCUUCUUGGACAAGGAGGUCUUUGCCAGCCGGAUCUCAAACCCCUCUGACGAUAAUAAUUGUGAGGAGUUGGAGGAGGAGGGCAGGGAAGAGGUGGAGAAAGCCAUCCCUGAACUAAAACCUGAGCCUCCUGUCAACUUGCUGAGGGAGAAGAUCUUAAGUCUGCCUCUGCCCGACCCUCUGAAAUAUUACCUGCUGUAUUACAGAGAAAAAUAAGGCCUAAAGCAAGAGAGGUAGGCAGGACAAUAAAAAAAACACCCAGUAGGGCUUGACCGCUGUAUGCCAAUUGCUUGCCUGUUGAUGUGGCCACGCGUCGUGGUGGUAGUGGUGAGCUCGUCCGGGAAGGUGGUUGCCCGUGUACUUAAAACGUGAUAGCAUUCUUUCAGAUUCCUUCCCUUGGUUUGUGUGCUCCAGUUUUGCCCUGCAGCAGAACUUCCUUGGUGGGGAGGGAUGGGGUUGGGACAGGCUGACAGGAAAACCUUAUGAAAAUGAGGGCUUCAGUCAGUACAAAUAGAAAAAAUUGCUUUGCGGAGGUAUCUGUGGAUUCCCUUCCCCUUUUCUUUUUGCCAAGUGACACUUUCCCCAAAAGUGAAAAGCAGCAAGGUAAGUAGAAUCCCACAGAAAAGCACAGAAUCAACAAACGGGCAUAGGAUCACUUUUUGUGUUGAAUGCCCAGUUAAAGUUCUUUCUUUUUUGUUUUAUAAAAAAAAGGUUCUUCUUUAAAAAGAAGGAUACUGUUUUCUCCAGAGAAUCAGGGGGGUCUCCCAAAAACACUCUUUGAUCCGAGUUGGGGAGUUUCCAGCAGAAAGAAACCAAAAUGCAGGGUGUUGCACUGCAGAAAGUUUUCCUGUUUUGGAGUUGGUAACAUUUCCUCCAAGAAUGUGAAAUGGUAAAGAAAAGAAUAGUAGGAGAAGGAAAUGCAGGCAUCUAUUUUUAAAAGCCACGAAACAAUCCUGUAUACUUUUGGCUGCCAGACAAAGUAUACAGAGUGAGUAAAUAGUCAGUUUCAAUUACAGGCAGGAGCAUAUGAUUCUUUUGCUAUGUAGUUCUGUUUUAUUAUUAUUAUUAUAUACUCAUGUACAAGUCCACCGAUCUCAUAUAUAAGGCAAGGGCAGGUUUGGGGUCAAAAUUAUGGAUUGUCAUAGGACCUGUGGAUAAAUCAAGGAAGGAUUAUUCCAUGUAGAAGGGGAAGCUCCAGCAUCACUUUAGGGGCUAGCCAGAACCAUUUUCCUACCAAGGCAUUUGAAAAGGCCAGAGGAUUUGCAGUGAUAGAGUAGAGGAGUCAGUGCAUCUUUUAGGUUAUUCCAGGGUGGACUAAGCUUUUACCUUUUGCCAUUCUUCUCAGAGAAGGGGAUGGUUCUUUUUUGAUAAGAAUUAAGCCACGGUGCUUUCAAUUACCUGUGGAUAAGUCAGCCCAGGCUUUUGGAGAUAAUUUCGACUAAAGUUUCUAGCUUUACACAUGAGUAUAUAUAGGGUACAUCCAGUUCAUAAAUGUAAAAAAAAAAAAAGCUGGGUGCAUUGUCUUGUCCUUCGGCAAGUAGAAACUUCUGCUGCAUGAAAAGGGCAAGAAACUUCUCUAAUUGGGCUUUAUAACUCAAGCAAAGACCCUUGCCCCCAACUCUUCUUAUUGUUGACUUCCCUUUAAUGACACAGAUAUAUGUUAGUGCGGCCUGUUUCACUGAUCUACGGGAUAUCAAAUUGAAUCCUUUGCCUAAAGUUGUUAGGGUUUUUGUUUUAUUUUUGCUGUAACUUGGGAAUUUGGGGCAGGGGUGCAUUUUGUGGAAAUUCUGGGGUUUUCUUCCCAGCGGAAAAAUACCAAAUAUUCCCUAAAAGGUUAAAAAAAAUUCCAGACCAUUUUCAGAUUCCUUUAGAGUUGCCUGUUUUGAUUCAAACUUGAAAUGCAUGUUGGUUUGCAGUGGUCUUCCUUAAGUUUCAGAGACAAGGUAGGAUUGUUCUAUGUAGGAUUAGAUCAUAUUUCAAGAGUCUUUCAAAUCCAUCUCAGUAGUGUGAAAAUGGUGAGCCUAAGCUGUGAUUAAUUACAGCAGUGAUGUACUACAGUCUACCAGAAGUUUGAUAUAAUUCACUUUUGUGGUCCUUACGCAGCCCAGUUGUUGCAUGUUUGAUGUCCCAUUUCAGACAGAGAAUCAAGCAGGUCCAGAUAUUGUUGAAUUGCAAUUCUCAGCAACCUUAAUCAGCAUAGCCAGUGUGGGGACUACUGUAAAUUUCAGUCCAAUGUUUGGAGGGCUUGCAUGAUUCCUGCCCCCACUUUUAAGGCAACAGAAAGUAAUUUGUAGAACAUGACCCUGUUAAAAACAUACUAUUCAGUGAAGUAAAUGCUGAAAGUGACACAUACAGCUGUCUUUAUUAAUUCUAUUAAAUGAUGCAGUUUGGUUGUCUAAGCCUAUGUAAUGCUACCCAUCCACCUAAGCUUGGAACCUAAACAGGAUCAGUUCUAGUUACUACUUGGAUGAGAGGCCACCAUUGAAUACCAGGUUAUGUAAGGUAUAUUUCAGAGGAAGGAACUGGCCAAACAAUUUCUGAGUUGUCUAAGAAAACAUAUACAUGUUAUAAGUCAACAGGGACUUGAAGACACAUCACAUGUAAACAUCCUGAGCCAGAAAGUUGACCCAUUGUGUAUUUAUGGUUAACUUGGCUCCCCAAAGGUAUUAUGAAAAAGAUACUCGAAAUGGUUUUUGCAGAACUCUUCUUUUUUCCAAAAACAGCAUCUCACAGAGCUUUCCCCUUGUUUUGGUUGAAAUUUACAUUUCAAGCAAUUAUGAGCUUUCCCAUUGUCAUAUUACCAAAACACACAAAGGUAGCAAAUGUGUGUGAGAGUUCAAAUGCAGCAUAAUUGUGAAAUAAUGUAGGUUGUAGCAUUGUAACAGAAGGAGAUUUGUCAGUGUGGUAUUCCUACACACCAGCAUUUACACACUCUUUAAUCCAAUCAGUUGAUGUUCUUAGUAAACCUAACUUGUAGCUGCCAACAUCAUUUUCGGUAAAAGAUGCUAACAUUUUAUUUCUCCCCAACAGCCAAUUGUCUACUGUUAGAAACUUCAUAUAUUUGCAUUUCAGCUUCAUGUUGUUAUUUCAUAGCUUGUCGAGGUGUACACAGGCAGAAAGACAUUUUCCUACAUAGGUCAUGCUUUUGUGUUGUAGCUCAAGGUGUAAAUAGCUGUAGAAAUGAAGAUCGGGAAGAAGAAAACGUACUUUCUGAGGCAUGGAGAAUUGUUGGGAGCAAGUGAUUUUAAAAUGCAAAUUUUAUCAAAUAAAGGUCUGUGUCAAUAAA